AUGAUGGUGACUGGCCGUGUGCUGCUGGUGUGUGCCCUCUGCGUGCUGUGGUGCGGUGCCGGCGGUGGUGGAUGUUCUGAAAAAGCUAAAGUUCCUUCAGCUCCUCAAGACAUUACGCCCGUUAAUGACAAUGGUCCUAAAAAUGACAACAAUUCCACAGGUGGCGCUGGAGGAGGUCGCCAAAGCGGUCAAUCGAAGGCUUUACAAGAAAAGUCAUUACCGGACCAAGGCGCAACCGGAGCGGGAGUGGAAAAGGCAAUAAAACCCGAGGCAAAAGUACCAGAAACGGCAGACGUAGAGAAGAAAAACGAGGAUCAAACGCAAGGAGCUGAAGAUGUUGGUAAAAAGAAGGAUGAAGAGCAGGAACCGAACGAGGAGGAAGAAGAAGAAGAGGAAGAGGAAGAGCAAGUAGAAGAGGAAGGAGAAGAAGAAGAGGAAGAAGAAAAACGUAACGGUAAGAAGGAAGAAGAGGAGAAAAAGCAUGAAGACGCUGGUACCGGCACCACAGAGGGGAUGUCAACAGGCAGUGAAGAGCAGCCAAAUUUAUCUUCUGGCGCGGAGGCAGCAUCGAAUAAAACAAAUCUCAAAAGUACCCAAAUAACUGACGACGAUGAUCCAGCAGCUGAUGCUGCAGGGACAAGAAAAGAAAAACAAAAUGAAAAUAAAGAAGCCAAUCCGAAAGAAACACCAGUCGAAGCCACAGCCACGAAGAAUACAACGGCGAUGAGUGGCGACAGCGACAGCAGCACCGCGGUCUCCCACACCACCUCCCCUCUUUUGCUUCUUCUUCUUGUUGUUGCGUGUGCGGCUGCGGCUGCGGUGGUGGCCGCGUGA